GGAUAACCGAGCACAAAGUUACAUUCGUUUGAAGUUUCAACCCAGAUUAGGCAUUCAUCGAGAAAAAAAUUAUAGAGCAGACCGUGGGUGGGUGCGACGGUUUGACCCGGAUCAUUGAGGUACCGCACGGUCAAUCUGGCCACAGACACCCCACGUGGUAUGGAGGCGACAGGAAUGGAAACCACAACACCCCCUACGGUCCUCGUUUAAAUCGCCAUGGGCAGAUGUGGUCCUUGUGAAACGGUGGUAUGGAUGGAAAUUUUUGGAAAAUGAUGGUAUUUUUUACCAUUGAAAUAACACUGAAAUACCACAUGAACAAUUAAUGAGUUACUUGACUAUACAAAUACCACAUUGACAAUUAAUCCAUCCAAAUGACCCUUAAUCAUCUGUCAUUUGCUGGAUGGGUAUUAUAAAACUCUGAACUCUCUAAGUGGUUAAGAUGGUUGAAAAUAUAUGCUCUAAUUUCUUGUGGAGUUCCACGUAGUAACGGAAGAAAGCUAAGGUGAUGCGAAGAUACGUGGCAGUGCCAAAAAAAAAAAAAGAGUGAAUUGGGGUUUAAGGACCUCAGAAGUUGGAACUCUGUUUGUCUCAUUAGACAUCUUUGGGCUAUUCUCUCAAACUCUUCCGCUCUUUGGGCCAGCUGAGUAAGAUAUUACCAGCUCAACUAUACUUCUCUUUGGGAUGUUUCUUCAUAUAAUUAAUUGUGAAGACAAAAAUAAAACAAAUAACUAAUUGUGAGACAAAAAUACCCAUUUUAUUUUCACUAUGAUUAUUUAAAAUUUUAAAUGUAAAAAAUUCUACCCAUAAAUCUGUUUUUUAUAUAGUAUAAAUAGAUUAUAAAUUGUCAUUCUUGUAUUGUUAAUAAAAAAUCAAAAUGAGAGUUACCUUUUUGGCGUAUUAAAAAUCCCUCAGCAAAACAAGAGAAAGGGCAUGACGUUUUGGACUGUCCGGUCUUCGUUUCCAGGCUGUUCUAUUACGGUGUCGUAUUACUGAGCUGAAGCCUGAAAAAGGGAAGAGACGCGAAAAGGGGAAAAUAGCUUCGGAAACAAAUUGGCGUUUUCUCAGCCGCCCUCUGACUUCUCCGUCGUCACACUCUCUCUCUCUCUCUCGCUCAAGGAAUCGAGUCGACGGAGAUGGUAGCUUCCGCGAUCUAAUCGCUUCCCAUUAUCCGAGCACCGUCAAGGAAUCCACUGCUACUCGUUCCUCCUGCUCCCUCCUUCCGGCCGGUGCGUUCACUUACUAUUCUUCUUCGUCUUUAUCUCUAGGGCAGAUCUAUUUGCUCUUUCAUUUUCCCGAUUUUUGAAUCUGCAACUGCGAGCCUUGAUUGGAAAUUGAUUGAAACCCAUUGUCUGAAGAUAGUUGAUUUUGUUCUGGGUUCUUGCAAUCUUUCGAAAUCAUUCAUCCUCCAGUCCUUCAUUCUAUUCUUUCUUGGAUUGCUUUUGUUUCGAUAGUCUAGUUCCGCUUUCCUAUUUCAGACACCGAUUAAUUUCGACCUUUUUCUUGCAUGUUUACUUUUCUUGAACCGAGAAGGACUUCUAGAUACUCUUGCUUCCAGAACUACUAGCUGUUGCUUCUAAGCUAAGACUGAGCCGGUUGGAAUGGGUGAUAACAACGAUGAUCAGUCCUCGCCCAAGGAGGGAAACCCAGCUCAUGAUUCCGAGACUCCUAACCCUGGUGAAUCUCAAGAGGAUAACUCACUGGAAACCAUAGUUCGUAAAUUUCAGGACUCGAUGUCUGUAGGCAAGCAGCACAAGUUUUGGGAAACCCAACCCGUGGGUCAAUUCAAGGAUGUUGGGGCGACGAAUUUGCCUGAGGGACCUAUUGAGCCUGCAACUCCUUUGUCGGAGGUCAAACAAGAGCCUUACAAUCUGCCUGCACAGUACGAAUGGACUACCUGUGACAUGGAGUCUGAUGAGACCUGCAAUGAGGUCUAUGCUCUGUUGAAAAACAACUAUGUUGAGGAUGAUGAGAACAUGUUUCGGUUCAAUUACUCCAAGGAGUUCCUCAGCUGGGCAUUGCGCCCUCCUGGCUACUACAAGAGCUGGCACAUUGGUGUACGUGCUAAAACUUCCAAAAAGCUUGUUGCCUUCAUCACGGGUAUCCCAGCAAGAAUCAGGGUGCGUGGUGAAGUGGUGAAGAUGGCUGAGGUCAACUUCCUGUGUGUUCAUAAGAAACUUAGGUCAAAGAGGCUUGCUCCGGUCAUGAUCAAAGAGGUUACUAGGAGGGUUCAUUUGGAGAACAUUUGGCAAGCAGCUUAUACAGCUGGAGUGGUUCUUCCUACACCAGUAACUACUGCUCAGUAUUGGCACAGGUCCUUGAACCCCAAGAAGCUCAUUGAUGUCGGCUUCUCCAGGCUUGGUGCAAGGAUGACAAUGAGCAGGACGAUAAAGCUUUACAAGUUGCCAGAUUCACCUGCUACUCCUGGAUACAGAAAAAUGGAGCUCCGUGAUGUGCCAGCUGUCACUCGGUUGCUUAGGAACUACUUGGCUCAGUUUGUUGUUGCACCUUAUUUUGAUGAGGAUGAUGUUGAGCAUUGGCUCCGUCCGGUCGAGAAUGUCAUUGAUAGUUUUGUGGUUGAGAGCCCAGAGACCCAUGAGAUCACCGACUUUUGCAGCUUUUACACCCUACCAUCCUCUAUCCUUGGCAACCAGAACUACUCCACCUUGAAAGCUGCUUAUUCAUAUUACAACGUCUCCACCAAGACUCCAUUGCUGCAGUUGAUGAAUGAUGCGCUGACCGUAGCCAAGCAGAAGGAUUUUGACGUGUUCAAUGCCUUGGAUGUCAUGUUCAACGAGUCUUUUGUGAAGGAGCUGAAAUUCGGGCCAGGUGAUGGGCAGCUUCACUAUUACCUUUAUAACUACCGUUUGCAGCAAGCACUUAGACCAUCUGAACUUGGUCUUGUUCUCUUGUAGUCAAAGGUUGAUGCAGGGGAUCCAAUAUGAAAUUUUCCUUUACCAUUAGAUUGUUACCCCAUAACAAUUUUUGUUAAUCCUGCCUUCAAGUUUUAGCUGGUUGUUAGUCGCCCAAAAAAGUUCACACAAUGUUGCUUGUUGGUGAUUUGGAUGUUGAUGUGGGUGACGAAUGACAUUUUGAGUUCCGAUGAAUCUAUCGAUGCGAGUUCUGUAAUUUUUCCAGGUAGUUCGUCUGGUUGGUGCUGCAGUGCAGGCCUUGAGGGCCGUUGUUUGUUUGGUGUACAAUUUGGUGGCCAGACCCCUAAUUUCUUUAAUUGGUAGUGUGGUUCCCUUUGUUGCAAGAGCUUCAUAUUAAGGUUUGUCCAACAUAAGUUUGGUUUUCAAAAGAAGGCUCUGAUAUUUUGUAUUAAUAUUUGAACGAUUUAGAUUGUGGAUUACUCUUAUGUGAAUCAAAUGUAUGCCGCUGUAUGUUGAUACUAAACAGUUCAAGACACAACUAGAUUGAGAUAUUUUGAAUGACGAGAAUGCUAUGGUUGAUUGGGCUGCCUUCACGACGUAAUUAGGAAUUCGAUACCUGUCGAGAGAACGGUGCAAACUAUCGAUUGAUGAUUGCUACCCAAAUAUUGAAGGAAGAUUCAUUAUCCUCCCGAAUACUUUGUAAACUGUCGUUUGGGGAAAUCCAGAUCAAAAUGUAAUGGUCACCUAAAUCCUUAUCAAUUUGGCUCAUUCAUUCAGAGCCUCGUUGCUCUGGAACACUGCAUGGUUAGGAGAAAGAGUCUGCUGUAUUUUAUUACUUUUGCUGAUACUACAACGAAUAUUUAAACGAAAAUCAGCAGCUAGUGCUGCAUAUUUAUAAUGCAAACCCCGGGAACCAAGCUACCUAUCCGUACUACAUAACCAAACUACAAAUGGAAGUGCUUGGCCUGGUUCUAGGAAUGAGGUAAGCCCCUGAACUGAACAUUACAUCUAAUAAACCAGAGACUUUUUUUUUUGAAAGGGAUAAACCAGAGACUCAAGUUGAUAUAACAAUAAACAAAACAAGCCUCAUGGCAUUACUGCUUCCAACGUGAGAACUAAUAGAGCAAAAACUCUUGCUCUGCGAUCAAUGUGCUGAUUGAAACGAACAUCAUUCGUUGCCAACAGGUGUGCCCUUCAUCAUUCCUUGCCACGACCAUGCAUGUGCAGAAGAGAAUCCACUCCACAGUCUGGCAGCUGCAAAAUCAAGACAGGAGCAACAGAGUUAACAAAUACUUGCCCUGAAA